GGAGGAAAGGCGGGCGCCCGACGAGCAAGCGUCGUCCUCUUUGGCUGCAGAGAGGCCGCUUUCGGUGGAGGAGGAGGAGCCGCCGGCCGACUUCGUCUGCCCAAUCACGACCGAGGUCAUGAGUGACCCGGUGAUGGCGGCGGACGGGCAGUCGUACGAGCGGACGGCGAUCGAGCGCUGGCUCGCGACCAAGUCGACGAGCCCGCUGACCGGCGAGGAGCUAGAGUUCACUCGGCUCUUCCCAAACCACACACUCCGCCGGGUGAUCCGACAGUGGCAGGAAACCGCUCGCAGCUGACACGCUUGUGGCGGGGUCAGAGCCUGUCACUGCAUUGGUUGGCACCUGACCAGUGACCUGACAAAGAUCAGAGUGUCACUGACAGUCCUUCCUCUUCCAGCAUCCAGCAGCUUUCUCAGAGCACAGAGGGUGCGUGUGAGUGAGUAUUCUUGAUACG